AUGGACACAGAGUCUCAUAACAACGUGGAGGUCGAUGAUGAGGAGCAGAUCGCAACUUCCAUAGAUGAGGAACCCCAGACCAUUGAGGAAGAAAUCAGUGACAACAACAAGCUCAUGUCUCAUAUCUGGGAUGCCCGUUACUGGAAACAAGGCUCUAUCAUUGCAACACUGAGAGCUCCCUUUACCGGACCACCUAUCAGCACGAAUGCAACCAUCUCGUUCAGUAAGAGGAAACCGAUUAUUGUCCGCACUGUCGAAAAGUACUCCGUGGCUCUUGUGGACCACAUUCCUCUGGUGGUUGUGAACGACAGAACCGUCCUCGAAGCAUUAACAGAGGGCGCUCGAUCCUAUUGUGGUCUUCAAAACAACGAAUCGAACCUGAUCUGGGCCUCAUAUAUGUGGCCAAUCUGGAAGAGCGAUGCGAUCGAGCUUGCAAUCGACAGUGAAGAACGUCUUGCAUUUGCAGAAUUGCUUACUACCGUCUGCCUCAAAGCUUGUGAGAGACUUCAAAGGCCAGAAUUUGCUAUUUUAUUGAGUACGCCAUCUCUUUUACACCACCACCUCUGUGCAAUGGGUCUAAUGCUUCGACUGAACACGGACAAAGGACGCCUGUUGUACAUACAGCUUCGCGUUAGUCGGGGGCAAUAUAAUGUUUCCUACUUGGUGGCAGGAGAGCUGUCUCACGUUCUCGUUACCGCGACUGCUCCACAGGUGAAGGCUACAGUCAGUUACAAAUUGAACGGGGAUACAACGCAUUUACCUAUUGCCUUAUCGGCCCAUAUCAGCGAGAUCAACAACUUCGACAUCUAUUUCCGCUAUGCAAACACGGUGCCGGCUGGCAAAAUCCUCCGGCUACCUCAAGAGGCACUAGUUCGGGAAUUUGAGGGCUCGAAUCAUUGA